AUGCAAUCGCUAUUUCGUCACAACCUCGGGCACAUGACAUCAUCCACGGUGAUGUCAAAAUUCAGAUGUAAAAAAGACAUGUUUGCGGAUAAAUUGCAGGGAUUACCGAAUGGUUGUUGUUUUGGUAUGCGGAGAAAUGAAAAAGAAGUUCUUAUGUUUCUCAGAAGAUUUCUUCACCCUAGAAGUAACAUUUACAAUUCAUUCACCGAACAAGACGAGAUAUCUCAGUGCAAACUUCAAACUAAUUAUCUUCAUAUGCAUCUUCAUGUUGAUUAUGAUAAUAAACAAAAGACGCUUCCUGGUGUUCGAGGAUCAAUAAAUUUCAUAUACAUUCAAAUUGAACUCAUCAAUUCACCUAAAAUCUUCUUAGACAUUCUUUUCAAUUUACAUUACGUAAACAAAUCAACACAAAGCGAUGGAAUCAAGAAUAGUUUAUGA